CAGCUCCGCGAACACAAGAGACAGUGGGUGAGCGCAGAGGGCCUGAAAAUGGCGGCUGGAGGUGAAGCCGUGAGCGGCAACAGCCGCGGCUCGACCGCUGUUCUGGAGUCGACCUUGGACCGCCGUUUUCAAGGAGUAACAAACACAAUGGAGUCCAUUCAAGGACUGUCGACCUGGUGUAUCGAGAACAAGAAACACCACAGCGUUAUCGUGCGCUACUGGAUAAAGUGGCUGCGAAAGUCGGAAGCAUCUCACAGACUCAAUCUCUUCUACCUGGCUAAUGAUGUCAUUCAAAAUUGCAAGAGGAAAAACGCCAUUGUCUACCGCACCACUUUCACUGAUGUUCUUCCGGAGGCGAUUAAGCUUGUCAAUAAUGUGAAAGACUCACAGGUGCGCAAAUCUGUGGAGAGGAUCCUGUCCAUCUGGGAGGAGAGGAAUGUUUAUUCAGAAGAGCUUAUUAUCCAGCUUAGGAGUGGUCUGAUCCAGAGAGAAGAGCCACCAGCUCCUGUCAACCCAAAAGCAGCACUAAGAUCCAAGAUAGUAGCUGAGUUUGUGCCCUCUGCAUUCAUUGAGCAACUGACUAAGUACAGGAGCUCCAUGGAUGAGAUUGAACUAAGAGAGAAGCAGCUAACUGCUAUGAGAGUGGAUGUGUGCAGCACAACAGCUUUAAAGAAACUCAAAGAUAAGGCAGGGGGCAAGCGAUUUUCUAAAGAUUUUGAAGAUGGCAGCACAAAGCUGCAGGACUUUGUGGCUUUUCUGGAUGGACAGGUCAAAAAAGGACCUUCCUUGAUGGAGACUCUAGAGAAUGCAGACAUCUUCUAUGAAAUGCAGUACAAAGAGGUCAAAAUUGUUACAAAAGCCUAUCAAACUUUUGCCAACCGAGUAUUGCAUCUCAAGCGCAAGCUGGACGCAAUCAAAGCCUCUUUACCUGACCCCAAUGACUCGCCAGUCCCCUCUCCCGUUGAAGAUGCCCCUUCACCCACGGGCUCCGAGUCACCCUUCCACAACCUGCCACGUAUUGGUACCCCAGACCCAGAGCUGGAUGGCCAAGCUAUGGAGGAAGACCUAAUUGCCUUGGGCGACGCCCCUAGUCCCCUCUCAUCUCCCGGGGACAAAGACAACCGUGAGGUAGAGGACAUGGAGCUCUCUGACGUGGAGGAGAUGGAAGGGCCGGCCAUUAUAGUGGAAGAGCGAGUGGAGCAGCCUGAUCCUGUGAGUGAAUGCAGUGAAAGUCCUGGGCUUAGUGUCGCUGAACAGUCUCAGUCAGGUCAGGCUGAACUAGCGAAACAGGUCACAACCCCAACUGCAUCAGUGACUCCAACAACCACGUCACUUCCCAUUAACCUUGCUGGUGUGGAUCUAGGCAAAAUCAGCUCCAUCCUUAGCACACUCUCAAAUGUUAUGAAGAACUCUGGAGUAAGCCCAGCAUCCCGCUCAUCUGCUAGUACUUCAAGCACCUCUACCACAGCAAGUUCAUGUCUGAAAACCCCAACCCCACCCACCUCCACCCCAGCAGCAGCUCCUGCACCCAGCCCACUGGCCAGCAUGCUCUCCAGGGUGGACCUCAAGCCCAGCACCCUGCUCAACGCCUUGUCUAAAACCCAGGCACAAGGAACUGGCCUUCAGGGAUUAUCAUCUUUGCUGAACAGUCAGACUGGAAUGACCUCUACUCCUUCAGGCUCAGAUAUGGACCCAUCCCCAGACCCCACUCUCUUAGCACAAGCCCAUGCAUCUCCCAAGACCACCUCAGUGUCCUCUACUCCUCCAUUGGUAAGAGGCUCAACCCCUCAAAGAGUUGUUCCUCUCCAGCCUUCUCAGUCUCCCAACAUUGCACAGACCAGAGAUCUUCAGACAAAUGUGGAGAAAGAUAAAGUAGAGCAUAUCCCUUCUGCCGGCUCUAGCCUGGAUUCCAAAAUUGAUAAUUUCCUCCAGGUAAAUCCAGGACUAAGAGGCUUGAAUAUGGGUUUCCCAUCUGUUCUUCCCUGGCCUAAGGCUGUUGAUAGUCCCUUAGCAAGCACAGAGAACCUAGGGGGGACCCCUGUGAGGGAUGAGUCUGGUGCUACUCCGACUCAAGAUGAGGUCAUGGAUGAUCCUGUAGCACAGCAGUUUGUGUAUAAAGGUGGGCCUCUCCAAACGCCAUCAACCACUGCAGCUAAUUCUGCACCAGUGGAUAGGAAAUUGUCAGUGGCCACUUACACUAAUGAUUCAUGGCAAGAACAAAGUAUUCAUCAUUCGCAGUUUGGUCCUGGGGCACAAAAUGGAGGAGCAAUCUAUCAGACGGAUUUUACAGCAAAACAAGACUUAAGAAAUUCUGUGCUGUCUCCUGCAGAAGUUGGACGCAGUCAACCAUCAUCCACGCCAAGCAACAAUCAGUUGUCAACUGAAAGCUCUGAAACCGUGGAGAGGAUUGGCUCAAUAACUCAAAGGGCAAAGCCUUAUCCCAUUAUUGGUAAUGCAGGAGACAAUGCUGGCUUAGCAGGUGAUGGUUGGUAUGGUAAAACAUAUGGAGAUGGUCAAGAGCAGCGUGUGGCCAACUCUGAAGCAUAUGGAAGAGAUCCAUUCCGCUCUGCAGAACCUAGCCAAGAUCCCGAUGUCAAUUCUCCUUCUGAUUUCUUUAACAGCCAACUACCACCACUCCCACCAAUCCCUCAGCUUCCACCUCCUCCACAAGAUUUUAUGCCUCCAGCUGGGGGUGGAGUCAAGGAUCCUACUGAGCGCCUGGAUCCUGCCAACGAGAUGCAGGCUGGAGGUCAUGUUUCUGAAUAUGUUACGGAAAAUCCUGUUAAAUAUGAAGAUUAUGAUGAACGUAUCCCCCAUCAGAUCCAGGCAAAGGAGCCUUUCCAUGGCCAUAUGAAUGUGUGUGGGCCUAGGCUUCGUGCUGCUGCUCCACGCUUUGGCCCUCCUGGCCCUCAGAAUGGCCCUUUGGACUAUAACCAUCGUCCCAGAGGCCCUGUACACCAUCAGCGCCACCCUAGUAUGGCCCCCCACCGCAUGAACCCUCCCUCUGCUGUAAGAGGCUACCAUGAGGCUAACAGUCCUCCACAUUCUCAAUCUGAGGAGCCUUACGUUGAUCCAUAUUUUAACCAUCCCCCUCAUAGCCAUUCUCCUCGUUAUGAUGCUGAGCACCUCCCCUCACCUCAGUCACAUGGUUAUUAUGCUGAAGACGGAGAUCUACCACCACGCCACCCAGAACACGGACUACGCCCUCAUCUUGAACACAGGCCUCCUGCCCCACAUCCCUAUCGUGCUCCACACCCUGGUCAUUACCCACCGCAGAGACCUCUCCAUCGUCCUCCUGUACCACACAUGGCAUAUCCUGGCGAACCACAGUUUCAGAGAGGCAAGAGACAUGGCCCUCCUUUUGCAGGACCCAGAGCUGGGGGUGUGUUUUACCCCCCUAAAAGACCUUUCUUACCACCCCGCUAUUGAGUGAUUUGAUGAACUGAUGAAGUAUCCAUGUCCAAAUAUUAUAAUAUCUGACUAGCAGACAGAUGAAGCUUUCUGGUGGCAACCAUGCAACAUGGAUUUGAAUGUUUGGUUCCUUCACUAGGCCUCAUAACAUAACAGCACUAAUUUACACUGAUGGACCGGUACAUAUAGCAGAAAUCCAUGUACACUCAUUGGUCUUGGACAUCUUCAAGAUCUGUGCUCUGAAGUGAGUUGGGGAUGGGAUUUGAAAGUCUUUUAAUCUCUACAUGGACUGUGAAGCAUUCAGUGAAAUGAUGAUUACUGGUGGAGAAGAAUGGAGCAAACCCCUUUUGGAAUGCUGGUGGCAAGAUGGAUCAGGCAAGCGGACGACCCUUGAAAUUGCAAGAUAAAGAAAGAAUGAGGUGCUCCUCCUUUUAUUUGAUAGUGUUUUGGCAUUGAAUUUAUUUCCAGUUAAAAUACAAUAUACAGAAUGAUUUUCAUUCUGUUCAUCCAUCCCUCUAAACAAAAAGAGUGUGUGUGGAUGUUGGUGUGCAUGCUUGCUCGCCUGAUUUGAGCUCGAUUGUUGGUCUAAACUUUUUCGCUGGCACUAAAUAGUAAA